AACCGACGAAUCUCCAUCUCCGCUCUGAGAAUUUUAGGCGCGACGAUGCGUUGAGAGCAGCGCUGCGACUGCGAACCUGGCACAUUUCUAUAUAAAUCCGGUGUACUGGAAGGGAAACCAAACAUUCCUGUUGCAGUCGCCUUUCGAGCAGGACUACCAUCUCAGUUAUCUCACCUCAAAAGGAUACUUUCCCCCGCAGGAUACUCAACGCAAACAUGUUCACCAAGUCUAUGCUGAGCUUCUGCCUGGUCGUGGCCCUCUUCGUUGUCUGCCACACCAGUCCCGUUCCGGAUGAUAAUGGCAAGUAUACGGUUCCACAGCAAUCCUCUAGCGAUGGCAAGUAUCGCCCCAGCGACGAUGGAAGGUACCAUGCGAAUACGCAGAACGAAGGCCGGAGUGGUUCGCAAGAAAGUCUAGGUCGCUAUCAUCACAUGCCAAUUCCCUAUAGGCAUGUGAGCGAUCAGCGUGAGCUUGGAAUCUACCAUCACAUUCCCAAUCCCUAUGAUGGUGGCUAUGGACCCUAUGCUGGUUUGAAUCUUCCCUAUGUCCAUGACGACAGGCCUUACAACCACGACCUGUACACAAGCACGACCACCAAGAAACCAACCACGACCACCAAAAGGACGACGACCUCCACCACCACGACCACCACCACGCCCCGCAAUAUUCUCUUCAACUACGAUGACGAGGGUCGCCACAAGAUCCUGCACAAGGAAGAGGUCCGCAAGCAGGACAAAUACGACCACUCAUACCUGACCGAGAAUGGAAUCUACGGUGAGGAGCAGGCCAAGCUUCACCACACCGGAGGAACCCAUGCCAAGGGCUUCUAUGAGUACACCGGUGACGAUGGCAAGCUUUAUCGAGUAAACUACGCCUCCAACGAUGGGGGCUUUAUGCCCCAGGGGGACCACAUUCACCCGAUCCCCGACGCCAUUGUCCGUGCCCUCAAGUACGUGGAGGAGCAGCACAAGAUUAACGGAGGCGCUCAGUUCGAUCAUCGUGGUUUCCGCAUCAAUCACAUGACCAAGGACCUUAAGGCGCAGAUCAAGGCAAUCCAUCUGGAGGAGAUGCCCAAGGAGCUGACCGAGCAGAUACACAUGCUGGAGCACGAGGUGGAGCUCGCCGAGAAGGAGGAGCGAGAGGAGCAAGCCGCCCUGGAGCGUAUCCGCGAGGCAGCCAAGUCCCACUAAGUGCCGACUCAGAGCUACCCUCAUUCACAGCCAUAUGUUCCCGCUACCCAAGCCCCCAGAAACAGUCCUAGUCCAUCCAGAACCCAAAACCCCAAAAUCCAACACCCAACUCCAUUCCCCAUGCAUUUGCCGAGUGAUCCACGGGCAAACCCUAUAACAAGCCAUCGCAAUACCGAAAAAAUCCACAAAAAAAGCAAAAGGAAGGUGAAGAUGUCAGCAUCGAGUGGCAACCGGAGAAUAUUCGCACAUAAGUCCGAUCCCAUGUUAUUUCGUAUUUAUUUAUCUGUCGAACUGUCGAAUUGGACGGUGUUGCUAUACAUAAGAUAAUUAAUUUGUUAUUAUCGUAUAUCGA